AUUGAGUAGUUGAGAGAAAGAUUUUUUGGUUUUUUGGUUUUCUAUAUUUUACAUUAUUUUCUGGUUUUUGGAUAUACUGAUCACUGAUUAUAUUCUCAGUGAAGUGAAUUACAAGCAAAAGAACAACAUAUUACAUGGAAUCUUAUUGAGAUGGAUCUUCUAGGAUAUAGGCUCGAGGACGUAACUUGAAGCAUUUUUUUACUUUGAAAUUGGAAAUAAAAAUAGACAAUUUGUAGAAAUUUGAUUUGCUACUAAACAUGGUGAGACAAGGAUCUAUUUCCUCACCAACUCGCAGUGAAGGAAGCGAGACUUCCAGGAGACGGAGUAUGGAAUCCAUAAGUUCUGCAAACAAAACUUCAACAGACACUGGUCUGGAUGAUGCAAUCAUGGUGGCUAUUAAUAAGAUCAAAGGACAAAAGCAACGUCCAAAUAUGCAGAGAAUUUGUAACGCUGUAUCAAAAAUUUUACUAACAACAACGCAUGAAGAAGUGACAAAUCGCGUAGAAGAAAUGGUAAUCGAGAAUCAUAUCAUGAAGAUAAUGAAUCAUGGAGAAUACUCGUACCGUGAUCCUGCUACUAUGACACCGAAACCUUGUGGAAAAGUAAAACGAAGUUUCCUGUCACCAGCACCAGCUAAUGGAAAAACACCAAAAAAGUUCGUCCUGCCAUCCACACCCAAAACACCUCUUGCCCCACCUCCUGAAAUAACAUUGAUUCCGAGAAAUCCUUUACAAAGACAUAAAAUGAUACAGGUUUCUGACUACACUCGUUUGAUUACAAUUGGCCUUGAAGCAUUGACAUUACCAGAGGGUUGUUUACUGAAAGAUAUUGACAAAUAUAUUCAAUCAACUUAUUAUGUGCAGGGUAUUCAAUCAUUGGAAUUAAUUCGUCAUAUUCGUGUUGCUGCAAAACAUGGAGUUGCAACAGGAUUGUUUAUCAAAGAAGAUUCACUUUAUAAAUUAUCACAGAAAAAUACAACAUCACCCAACAAAACAAAUCAUACUGACACAGAUGAUGGAAAAGUUUUGGAGACUCGUGCAGUACCUAUCCAGAUAUGUGGAGAUUGCAGAGGAACAGCACAAUGUAAUAAAAUCGGAGAACCAGAGGAAUUGUUAUCUUGUGCUGAUUGUGGUAAUAGUGGUCAUCCAUCAUGCAUGAAGUUGUCAGCAGAGUUGACAGCCAAAGUUCGUACACUCAGAUGGCAAUGUAAUGAAUGCAAAAGCUGUUACGUUUGUGGAUCACAAGCCAAUGCUGAUAACUUGCUGUUUUGUGAUUCGUGCGAUCGUGGAUUUCAUAUGGAUUGUUGUACACCUCGUAUCACACAUAUGCCUAAAGGAUCUUUCAUAUGUCAAAUAUGUAAAGCCGAAUCAAGGCGUCCACAUUCAAAUCGUACGAAUAAAAAAUCAUCAGCAGUUCAUCAACGACUCAUCUCUACAUCUUCAGUGGACAAUAAUUCUGCAGAUGCUGAUGAUGGUAAUGCAAAAGCACAUGAAGUAAUGACGGAAGACGGACAAUAUUUUCUUCAAGUUCCAUAUCAUAAAAAACCAAAGGGUCUGAUCGACGGCAUGACAAGAUUCUUUACUCCCUCUGUGUCUGGCCGGAAAACAAUGACAUCACAAGCACGUACGACACAACUAAUGAUUAUGCGAACGACGGCAAGCAGUAAUGACGAUGAUUUUGCAAAAGACACAGGUGGAGGAAAAUCAUGCAAAGCUGAUAUCACCGAACUCGAUGAAAACAUGUUUUUUAAAGCAAGAGAAGAAUCUCUGCAGAGAGUCGGCAUUGUUGAUAAUGAUAUACCAGAUCCAUCUAAAACCAGAUGUCCUGCACAAAUUGAAUUCGGGCAAUAUGUGAUAGAUACAUGGUAUUCAUCACCCUAUCCCCAGGAAUAUGCAAGGUUGCCAAAGUUAUAUCUUUGUGAAUUUUGCUUGAAAUAUAUGAAGUCUCGUUCGAUACUUCGAAGACACGCAAGAAAAUGUAAAUGGUUCCAUCCACCUGCUAAUGAAAUAUAUAAAAAGGGAGAUUUAUCUGUGUUUGAAGUCGACGGGAAUGUCAGUAAUAUCUACUGUCAAAAUAUCUGUCUUCUUGCCAAGUUAUUUCUUGAUCAUAAAACAUUAUACUAUGACGUGGAACCGUUUCUUUUCUACUGUUUAACAAAAAAUGACAGUAAGGGAUGUCAUUUAGUGGGAUAUUUUUCAAAGGAAAAACAUUGUCAACAAAAAUACAAUGUGUCGUGUAUUAUGACAAUGCCACAAUAUCAAAGACAAGGAUUUGGAAGAUUUCUUAUAGAUUUCAGUUAUUUAUUAUCUCGCAAAGAAGGACAGACAGGAACUCCUGAAAAGCCGUUGUCGGAACUUGGCCAAGUAUCAUACAGUGCUUACUGGAAAACCGUGAUACUGGAAUAUUUUUCAAAACAUCAGAAUGAUAAGAAUGUAUCGUUACGAAUCAUCAGCAAGGAUACAGGUAUGUGUCCUCAUGAUAUUGCUGCCACAAUGCAAGAACUUGGAAUGAUCACGAAAAAGAAAUCACCAAACGUUUUGACUGAAAGUAAUCAACCUAUUGAAGUCAAAUUUAAUGUAAAAAGACGACGGCGAUUGAUAGCAGAAUACGAGCACAAGAAACGUACUUUCGAGGCCAGUGGAAAGAUAAGAUACCAGGUUGAUCCUGAUAGUCUUCGAUGGACUCCUCUCAUAUCCAUCAACUCAAGUCCAGAUGAGGGAAGUCCGACCCGUUCAUUGAGAUCUCCUCUUGGCAGCUCGAGCGAUAAAAAAUACGCUUUCAAAAACCUAUCUCCUCGGGCAUUACUAACACCUGACAAAGUGUCAUCUGCAGAAAGUGGUUUAUUGAAUGUCGCAACGGAAAAUAAAAGUUCAGUGAAAAUCCAGACGCCUACGAAGUGCUUGGAUGACGCUUUCGCAAUGGCGGAUGAACCAGCUACGCUUAAUCCAGAUGAAAAGGAGAAAGAUGUUUGCGUGGAAAAUAUUAAAAACGAGAUUUCAAAUCCGUUAGUGGAUCAUCCAGCGAAAUCAAUAUCGUUAUCGUUUCUUCAUCAUCGGCGUCACGGUAAAAAAAGAAAACAUUCGAUGCGAUCUCCUUCCGUCACAACUGAAACGAUAUCCGAAAAAGACGAUUAUGGUACUGAUGCGUUUAAGGAUUUCACCGAUAAACAAAAUUCUUCGCAAAGAAGGAAACCUGUUUCAAUGUUCGGUUCGGAAAGUCAUGAUUCUGGAUCGGGCAUUCGACCACCCAUGAAAAAAAGACGAAGAAAAAAGGUUAAAGGUUAUCCAUGGGGAAGAGUGAAAAUUAAAAAGAAGAAAAAAAUAAUAACUGAGAACACAAAUGGAAAAGACGAAGCAGGCUCUGACAAUGGCUGGAGGAUAGGAGCACCUCAUAUGACAUCAGGGGAGAGUGAUGAUGGAGGAAAUUUCAAUGAUAAACCAACUGAAAGAAUGGAAAAUGAUUCAAAACAAACUACAGAGUUAGAAAUGGAUGGACAUGCCUCAUCAGGAAUGUCAUUUGAUAGAAAUUUGGAUGAAGACGGAAUAGCUCAAUCUUCUUCAUAUAUCUCACCCCUGAAAUCCAAUACAUCAUCUCUUCAAAAGAAAAAGCGACGCCGCAGAAAACCAAAGGGGUACGCGUGGGGUUUACCACGAAAGAAGCCGACAGCAAAAAAGAAAAUUACGAUCAGUAAACCUACAGACAGUGGAACGGAGAAUGAAACAAAAGUUCCUGACACCCCUAGAUCGAGGGGUUAUAAAAGGUCACUGAUUAAAGGGUAUAACGACGUGGCAACUUCUGGUGCUGAAAAAUCACCAAGACAGUUAACUAUGCAUAGUUUUUUCAGGAAGAAAGAAAAAGCGCAGUCCGAGGAUACAAAAAAUGAUAAGCAGAACGAUGUCGAAAAUUCAAAAAUUUCUGAAACAAAUCAACUUCCUGGAAAUGAAGAAAAUUUGAUUGCUGAUACUAAUAAAGAUCUUCCCACUGUUGAUGACAUCAGUGAUUCCGCAACGAAAUCAGUAAAAGAUGUCGGAAAAACGCGGCCUCAUCUGAAUAUUGUGAACGGAAACAACAAUAGCAAUAAUAUUGUGGAUACAGAAGAACUACCACAAAAACGGCAGCGACGCAGUGCUAAAGUGGGAAACGACUUUAUGAUGGGCUGUAUAUUGUCUGGUAGAACCAGACGAAGAACGGCUUCGUUUGAAAGAAAGCCUAGUCCUACUAGAAAACCGAAAAAGCAAGAUCCAAUUGUUUCAGUUAAUGAGGAUAAUCAUAAAUCACAGAGUUCGGAAAACAUUUUUGAAAAAUUUAGCGAGGAAAGUAAAGAAUGUGAAAGCAAUAUAGGAAUCGACAAUGAAUUGGCAAAGGAAAAUAAAGACACUGAAACAAAAUCAUCUCCAAAAGAUUCGUUUGCUGGUUUACCAUUUAUAAAUAAAAAUUCACAGGAUUUGAACGGUAAUAACGUGUUAUCGCCGCCGCCGUCAGCAGCGAUGCCCAAACAAAAUGAACAGAGAGGACAUUUUUUAGUGGAUAGCCCCCAGUAUCACAAGCAGUCGACACUCUUAAAAGAUGUGCCGCCAUGUUUUCAUAAGUUAUGGAACACGGCACCACAAACAAAUUCCCUGACAUCGUUUAUGCCGCCAAAAACGAAUACAACCUUUCGACCCUUAACCUUUGACAUGAAAUAUAGAGACAUGUCCAACAAUGACGCUGAUGAUGAGGAUGGUGAUGGAAGUACAUCUUCAUCUUCAUCCUGUUCAGGCGCAGAAUCUUCAUCUGAGGAGCUCACAUCUUCGUCAGUUGAUGAUUCUUCAGACUACGAUUCGUCUUGCGAUAGCGAUGUUAGACCCCGUACUAUGAUAUCUUCACAAGUCCGAGAUUUUGUCAAAGCACCGUCAUCAAUUUCUAUCAUAAAAACCAAAACGUCAACAAAAGAUUCAGAAAUACUUCAAACGAAACCGAGCGAGAUUGAAAAAAUUCAGGGAAUUGCGAAGAGUGAUGAGAGAGAAAUGAAAGAAAAGACUGACUUGGGACUGGGGGCACAAAAUUCGGGUGCCUCUAAGGGAUCCGCAAAUGAAGGUAUAGGAGGAACGGACAAUAACACUGUUCCACCACUGCAGAAGAGAGGACCUGGUCGUCCGAGAAAACAUCCUAAACCAGGGGAUGAUGGUAUAAAUAACAUUGAAAAAAUAAAGAAACAGGUUGUAAAACCUUCUGCUAAGAAAGUACGAAAGAAGAAAUUGUUACCGGAAAAGAAGUCUGCUGUAGGAAAACAAGCACUCAAAGUGGAAGAAGGAAGAUUUGUGAAAAAGAAAAUCCGACAUAUGAAAAAAGUUGAUUUUAAACCGCAUUCUGACGAAUCUAGCUUAUCCAUAGAACAGCAAGGUGUUAAAAUGAGAAUCAGCUUCCCCAGUGGAAGACGAGACUCACAAGACGCUCGUUCCGAAAUUUGUACUGACAGCGUUCAAAGCGACAUCGAAAUCGAUACAGUGGAAAAUCCAGAAUCCGUAUUAACGAAUAGAAAUAAUGAAAUUCCGGAACCUCCAAUGCAAUGUGAUGAUGACAGUGAACCGUGGACUGACAAUCAACAUUCAAGACUGAAACGCAACGGAGAUCCAACAUUACCAAAGUGGGCUUCAAAUAGCAUCGAAAACAGCACUGAAAGUUGGGUCGUCGCCGCAACGGACAAACAAAAUAUUCAGGACGAGGAUUUGAAUCCAAUCGAGGAAGUCGAUGACAAUGGAUUUAUUGUUGAGCCAUUGUUAGGAUACGUCAGCGACAAUGCCGAAGUGUUUCCAGCAGUAAGCGAUGUCAACUUUUCACAACAACAAGAAAAUGACGUGAUUGUCACUGAAAUUGGAAAUACGAACGAUAAUGACGAAAUCAUGACUGAAAAUGAUAACGAAGAAGUAUCUGAAGUUCCAACUGGCGAUAAUUUACAAGAACCAGAACAGCGAGCAAUAGAAGAAUCUUCAUCAUUGAGUAAUAUACAACAUGGCGGAGCUCAAUCGAGUGAUAUUGAAGCUGCCUUCAGAGAUGCAAAUGAAUUAGUGGAUGAAGAAUGGAGAGCAACAGAAGAAGAAUUAAAUGCGGCUGUUGCAUCUAUAACACCUCAUGAAGCAGGCAUGUUGUCAUCAGAUAUUGACACCACGUUCAGUAACUCAGCUGAAGAUAUAUUCUGGACAUCCACCACUAGUACUAAGGAAUCUUGUAUGCAACAAGAAAACACUGAUACAUCUGCGAUAAACACAUCGCAAAGUCAUGUAACCGAAGAAGUUGCUGUGUCUUAUGCAGAAGAGGACAAUACUAUCAGCGGAAUCGCAUCUGCCGAAUUAUUACCACCUGAGCACACACAAACUUUUAAAAGUCCGAACACAAGCGAGAUUCACGGCUCUGAAGUUGAAAACAUUGUUUCUCAAAUGUCAAAUGAAAUUGCCAAUCAAAUACAUCAAGUACAAAACAAUCAAACAAGUCAUCUUAUAACACAAAAUUCAGUGAUGCAGCCAAACAACACUCUCACUUAUAGCGGCACUUGCACUGUCGCACAGGUCCCUCUGAAUACAGACAAUGAUGCGCAAAAUCAGUAUGCCGAUUCUGUGACGGUAGGAUACCCAUUAAACACAACAGCAGCAGAUGAAAUUCCACCCGUACUACCGCAGAAUAUAGAUAUGGGAAUUACACACGCUGCAACAAACAACGCACAAACGAUAGACUUUCAAAAUCAGCAACAAACUGAUCCGUAUAUGAGUCAAUGUCCGUCUGUUGAGUCUAGUACAACAGAGCAUGUUAACGUCAGUCCAAAUCAUCAAGGUACCUUUCAUGGUUCAGCGGAAGGAACUUCUUACACAAAUAACGCAACAUCAUCCAUGUAUUCCACUGAGAAAACGAUAUUAUCGCCUUCGACAAAAACUCAAAAACUGUCCGGGCAUAGUAUGGCACGACCACAAGAUUACCCUCCUGUUUUGGCUGUUCCGACAAGUCAAAGUUCAGCGCCACAUUACAAUAUUAAUUCCGCAACUGGUCAGAGACAACAUCAUGUCCCAGGGCAAACGAAUCAGACGGAAUUUAGUUGCUCGAGUGGUUAUGAAACGUCGAGUGCUCACGGAUCUAGUCCGUAUACGUCACCAGACAGUAUUAACAGCUUAAAUCCGGGAAGUUGUGAUAAUCCACCUCAGGGAAUAUCUGGCGCAGCAGGAAGCAUACAACCCACAAUUGUAUCUCAGUCACAUACUGCUGGUGUGAAACUAGCAACAACUGUUCAACAACCGAGACAAGUUCCAACUACUAAUCCUGAAGCAGGUAACGCUACAGUUGUAAAUGAGAUUCUUGGUUCACCAGCUCAUAGUAACAACUCAUUUAAAGGAUCAACACCUCCAAAGAGUCAGUGCAUGCAACAACAACAAACACAACAACAACAAUCAAACAUUCAUACAAGUCCCGAAACAACAAUACAACAUCAAAAUCGAACUCCAACUCCAAUGAGACCAGCGUCAACGUUGAGUUGCUCUGGUACGAACUAUAUGAGUCCGUCCUCCCAAAUUGGAUCAGGGAAUUAUCCUGUCCCACCAAGUCCGUUAUUACAAACCGUCAAUUCGCCGAACGAUCCAAAAUCAAUGUCAUCUUGUAGAAUGCAACAGCAACAAUCGCCUGGUUUUCAGCAACUGAAUUCAUCCAAUUCCAGAGCAAGAUCAUUUUCGUAUGGUACUGCGGGCCCUCCGAGUAACACAAGUGAUCAGCAGCACCAACCUCUGACCCCUACAAAUCAAAACUUUUCGCCUGCUGCUGGACAUCCGAUUACGAGAGAAACGCAACCGGACAAUCAAAUUACUAAACGCCACAUAUCAGUCGACUCUGUGUCCCGGGGUUCGGUCCCAAAAUCGCCAAGAGGAUCAAAUUUACAACAACUUCAUCAACUUGCUCAUGGUAUAGAUAAACCCGGUAGUUCGAGACAAAAUAAUAGUAAUUCAAGGAGGGUUCAAAGUUCAAAUAUUACUCCACCUUUGCCAACACCACAGACUGAUGCAUGGACUUCUCAAACGACAGAACAGAGCCCAUGUAUGUACUCAAAUGCAGGUUAUUUAGAGAGACCCGCAAGCGUACAGCUCCCGUCUGGUUCAUUAGGGGGUGAUUUUCACCCUCCUUCUUCAAUGACCCCACCCGCAACUAUGCCGCAUCAGCAGCCACCAUCAUGCGCAAACUCUUCUAAACAAUCUCGUAACUUAACACAUUCGCGUCACACUUCUAAUGCGUCUUACUCAUCACUCAGGCCCGGAAUGUACAACCCUUCAAAUAGUCAUCCUCACCAUCUGCCCCAGCAAUACGCAGACAAAACUGCAGCUGGAUCGCCAAUGCUAACAGACGCUGACUAUCAGCACCACCAGCAGUGGUUUUCUCGUCAAAACCCUGGCCCAUCUGAACAUUACUUUUCUCCGUAUGGUUACGGACAUCAUUCAUUAGUUGAGCCUAGAACUCAUGUUCCAUCUUUACCCACGAAUCAUCAUUCGUAUCCAGGUUAUCACACACCAAUAGAUUUUCCAUAUCCUCCUUCAAGUUACAACCCUCAUUUGAAUCGCGGAUCUUCGGGUUCUAGUGCCAUGAUCCCAACCACUUAUGCCCACCCACCUGUCCCAUCUAGUCACCCACCUGUGGGGCAUAGGCGGCCCCAUACUGAAAGUGAACAAUAUUAUAAUCCAGCACAACCUCAUGCGUUGUUUCCGCCAGCUACGCCUAAUCAUGGGGCUUAUCAUCCGGGGUAUGCAUACCAGCACCCACAAUAUUCAAACUUGUACUCUCACCCACCUACCGCUGGUCACCCAACUAAUAUGAGAUAUACGUCUUCUCAUUAUCCUGCUACAUAGCAUAUAUUUACCGAUUUUUCUCUUUUUUUUCAAAUUUUUUGGGUUUUUUCCUUCUUUUUUUUCUCACAUAGUUUCAUAUUUCUCAGUGGAAUAAUGUAUUUUUUUUGUUGGGUUGAAAAAAAAACAAAGUUUGGUGCCUAGUAUAAAAUAUGACUUUGAUUGAAUUUUUGGCGUAGAAUUUCUAAAUUCCAAUCGUUUCCCCUAAAUUCUAAAGAUUUACAAGAUAUCCAGCUUUCGAUCAAGUUAGUGAAAUUUUUUCUAGUUCAGUGAUUCUCAAACUUUUUGGAUCUGUGGCCCCCUUGCACAGACUCUCAGUUUUCCAUGACCCCCUGCUGUUUCCUAAAAUAUGUAGUUCUGCUUUUAACAUGUUUCCAUCAUCCAACAAACGAAAGCAAAAAAAUAAAUGCAUUACAGUCAAAAAUUCAAGCAACUCAGUCAAUUACCUUAAAUUAAUGUAGCCAUUGCGAAUGGUAUCCAGUGAAAAAAUAGCCCCCAGAGAAGAGCGACGUGGCUCCCAAUGAGGCCGAGGUCCCAGUUUGAGAAUUUCUGCCCUAGUCUAUUGCUAUAAUCACUUUGUUGAAAUUACAAGGUAUUCAAUUGUAUUUCUGCGUCAUAUGUUGGUAUCUUGUUUUAUGAAUUCUAUUAAAACGGGAUAAACCCAGAUCACCAUUCUGCUUACAAUCUGGAUACUACAUGACAAUUAUUUUUGUCAUCAUUCGAUUAUAUUUCUCAUUCAUUUCUUUAUUUUGCACUGUCGUCAUUUUCUUUGGGUACAAAUUACAUUGUCAUUGUUUUCUUGGUGUUUCAAGCCAAAAAUAUUUCUUUCUUGUUUAUGCCGUUGUUGUGUCAAAUGUUUUUCUGUUAAUUCCACAAAAUUUUUCUUUCAAGUAAAUAAUUCAGUUUUUCUGUUAAUUCCACUAAAUUUUUCUUUCAAGUAAAUAAUUCAGUUAAUUUCAGAAGAAAAGGUAAAAAUAAAGAGUCAAAGAAGGAAAAUAUGCUAAGGUUACCAUAUUGUCCACCUUAAAUGGAAAUACCCCAUUUUUUGAAAAAGCCGACUGACUGCCUCUGCCACCUCCCUUUUUUUCGGUAGAUACCAAGUGACCCAAAAAAAAAGAAACCCAUACAAUAUGUUCCAAAUGGCCUGGGUUUCGUUUUUUGGGGUCACCCUGUACCAAUUUCAACCUGGCCAUCGUUAAAAAAACAGUCGUUUACAUAUCUUGACAAUCUUCUUUAUUUGGUCCAUGCGAAUGAUAACUAAUUUUCUGUCUGUUAUUAAUAAAGCUUUAAUAGAUCAAUAGUUAGUGAUACUCGCAAUUCGCUUAUAUGUACGUAAAUAGGUAUUAUCAUAAUACUUCAAGUGAAGAAUAUUGUAACAGUAAGCAAAUUCCAAAGUAAAAUUAGGGGAAAAUUUAUUUUGAUAAUUUUUUUUUGGUGAUCAAAAUGUGGCAGUCCUUAUACAGGAUUUGAAAAAAUCAUUGUAUUGUUUACUACCGUCUAUUAAAUAAACAAAAAAAAAAUUGCCAUUUUUUGGAAAAAUAUCGAAAAUAUUUAUUAUUCUUAUUUGUACUGGAUUUUGGAAAAUUAACAUGCGAACAUCAUUUUCCUAUUUUAAAAAUGCAGUUGUUUUUGAAGUUUGUACAAUUUUUGCACCAAUUUCCACAUGUAUUUCUUCAGAAGUAUUGCAUUAUCGCAUUAUCUUACCCGCGAAUUCAAAAAACUUGAUGAUAAACCUGAAAUCUACUUUACAUAUCACCUUAUGUUCCGCAGACACAACCUUAUUUGUGUGAAAAUCUUCUCUAUUUGGCCGAUUUGACUUCAAAGCUUUUCUGACAUCAUUUUAAGAUUGGGUCGAGUAUUUCGAUUACCCUCAGUAAAUCAUCAUUAAUCUCAUGACUCCUUUUUAUCCAUUGUCAAUGUUUAUGAACAAUAUUAUGACAUUUUAUGUUCCAAAUUUUUUUAUUGAUGCAAUGAAGUAAAAUAGCAAAUCUGAAUGUACCGUUUCGUUUUUAUUUCGUGAAAUGGCUUUUAUGUGUGUUCAUGCCAUGAUGAACAUGGUCCCUAAAGUAUGGUUGAAAUGCUCAAAUUCUUUUUAUUUUAUUGUAAUUUCUUGCAUCGACAAGAUCGAGGUUGAAGUUAAAGUUCAUAUGAAGGUGUACAACUGUACAGUUUAAUAUUAUUAACCUGUUACCAUAUGUAUGUAACAUUUUCUCCAUCAAUUUGUAAAAAUUCGCUGUCGAAAGUUGCCUGUUUUUAUGCUGUAAUAAUAAUAUUAAAAUAUUGUA